CUCGUCCUGCCUUAGCCGGGCAUCUUGACGGUGUCUGCCUAUCUGACGCUGGUAUCCUGAUAAAAAAUUGAUAAAAACAAAGGUAACGAGAUGAGAUGCCUUCCCUGUGUGUUUUCCACCUUGGCGCUACUCCCCCCCGCUUUGGCAAGUCGCCGCUGGAGCAUCGGGGAAAUGGCGACAUGAUAGCAAAACCAUGGCCGGGGCUUGUCCUCCUUAAUCGCCGCUCAUAGACUAAGCAUGUGGGCACAGGAUUCGCACGGACGUUUUAUUCUCCGGAUCGACUGGCAUCCAGGCUGCUCCCCCGUGCUUCUGGUGCGUCUCUCGGACUAGAGGUCUAUCCUCCUGCCAUCAGGGAACACCCGGCGUACCUUGUUGACCCGGGGCGUGAGAAAGGCACGCGAAGUCAUCGUAGCAGGGAGAAAGGGAGAAACCACACAGUAUUGCCAAAGAAACAUGCCGCCCUCGAUGGUUGUCCCGUCUCUAUCGAGCGACAACGCAUCGGAAGCCUCCUCGUCGACCAGCCUGUCCCUGGACACGAGGUGGGCGUCCGGCAUCGCAGGCCAAGAUAUCCUCGAGGACGACGGCACGGGGGCCCUUGUCGUCCCUUCUCACCGCGCGCGUCUCCAGCAGCACAUAUACAUCUGCCUCUUCCACAUCCUGGACUGCCAUCACACGUUUGAUGACCCCGAUCAGUGGAGGACCCAUGUAUACAGCCAUUUUCGGACCCACGAGCCCCCUCGCACGGCGCGCUGCCCUCUGUGUCCGACGGUGCGGUUCAGCGACACUCCCACCGACAAGGGCUGGGAUCUCAUGCUGGACCAUGUGGUCGGCGCUCACUACCAGCAGGGCCAGACGCUUGCCGGCAGUCGCCCGGAUUUCGAGCUGAUGCAGUACCUCUACCGGCUGCGCAUCAUCAGCGUCGACCAGUUCAAAGUCAUGCAGAUGCCGCCGCCGCCGUCGAGUCCCGCAUAUCACCGAUCGCAGGAACCGGUCCGGGCGAAUAUCGGCUCGUCAGACGAACCAUAUUGUGCUCCGUAUAGUCGGCGGCGAGAGGAAAGAGUGCGGGGCCAGCGUCGAGGGGUGAGCGUUGCGUAACAAGGCAGACGAGGCGGUGUUGAGUAUCCCUUGCAGGGAGAAUAUCGAUGUUGGCUGGGGUGAUUGCAAUCCGUCAAUCGCUCGUUCGUUCACUUCAUGGGAAUACGCUUCUUUACCUGCCGAUCUUCUCUCACGUUUUCUUUCUCUUCUGGAUCUUCUUGGCUUGGUAUUUUGGCCGCACCGAGAAUUCAUGACUGGCACCUUCUUUCGGCGAUUCUAUUAGUCGUGUUUCUGUAAAUAUUUUGGGACAUUCGGGGUUUACUUACUUUGAUCUGGACGGCCGUGGGGUAUGCUGCUUACUGACAGACAUGGCCUUGUUCAAUGACUCAUGUCGAAUUCUGUAAAUCAUGUUUAUCGAUGGAAAAUUUGUUGGAGAUUGAACCUUGUGCGGAUCUGACUCUCAGGCGCUUUCAGAGACGGGGCAAAUUGCUUUGCAUCCAGACAGGAGGCAGGAGACUAG